AUGAAUGAUUUUAUUAUUAUCGUUAUUUAUUAGUUAAAAGAACUCAUUUCUUUUUUUCAAUUAUUAUAAAAUUAGAAAGAAUUUUUUUUUAUAAUAGUUAUUAUUUUUUAUUUCACUUCUUAUUCAUAAAUUGUUCGUUCAUUUGACGAUCGGAUCAAAUAUAAGUUUUUAAUUAUUAUCUUCUUAUUAAUUAAGAAAAAGUUUAUUAUAUAAUCGUUUUCCGCACAUUUUGGAAAAGUACAUUUUGUACAAAUAUAAAAGUGUUCAUACGUGUUAAUGUUAUGCAAAUAUAUCGUUUUAUCUUGCUAUUUUUCUCUGAUCUGGGGAAACAAACAAAAGAGAGAGAAUUGGACGAAAAACAGGAUGGAUAAGGGUCGAAGUUUGCAACAGGGAUCACCAGAUUUAUUGGCCUCUUUUAUUACGUCUUUUUCUGCAAAUACUUUUUACCAAUAUCGGAUCGGUGAAUGUUAGUAAAUAAACAUGUACAUCGAAUCUAAAAGAUAAAUCCCGUCGAACUUUGGCCCCGGCACGUGGCCUCGGAAAGAUCGUUCGUUCAUUCGAUCUAUAGGUAUAUACUACGUGUAGAAUCAUUCAUUGUACUGUGCCUUUUCAGCGAUCAAGUCAUUCAUGUUCACGAUUCGAGUGAAUGGAAUAUAUAGUUCAUCUAGAAGUUCACCCUAAUCAAUUUCUCGAGAGGGGCAACGAGGCCCGUAGUAGAACUCAAUAAGGGCUUCAUCGUAGUAUAUAUCGAUUCAAUGGAACUCUUCGUUUGUAAAUUUUUCUAUCGAACCUUCGAUUAAGAAUAUAGACUUUCAUUUGAAAAUUGAUCUAAAAAUUUUUGAGAAUUCGUAUUGUUUAAAUUAUUUUAAAUAUUUUUCUUUAAUAGAAUAGAAAAUAAUAUUUAUUUUGUUUUAUUUUAAAACAAUAAAAACAAUAAAAGUAAAAAAAGUACACAAUUCUACUGUGUCUGUGGAAAGGAAUCGAUAUUUUAAAUAUUGUUGAGAAUUUUUUGUCAAAUUUAAAAUUGAUCGUUAUGAUUUUUCUCUUCUUUGGAUUCUCAAUAUAAAUAGAAAUAGAUUUUUAUCAUUUGAGUUGAAUUAAAUUUCUAGAAUAUUGAUGGCUAGCUGCUCAUGAUCUCGAUAUUGUUCCAAUUACGGAUAGCAGCGAAUUACGUUUGAAUAUCCAUUUGUUGAAGAAUGGCUAUAUCAUUGAGAAAAAUAGAUAAAUUAUGGUAAUUAUUGUCCUUCGAUCUGUCUACGAAUCAUGAAUGGAUUUAUCUGUUCGAUAACCUGUUUUAAAUUUUGGUCAAGUAAAUCAAAUAAAUAAAAUUUUUAUAGAAUAUUUAUUUUUGGGAGAGCAUUUUAAUUAGUUAGUUAUCGAUUAUAUUCGAAACAAAUUUUUAAUAUACGUAAUCGAUGAUCGAUCUGAAAGAUUUAAUAUUAAAAAGUUUUCUAUAGAUACGAAUUCUGUUCAUUUGAAUAUCCUAAAAAAAAAAAAAAAAAAAACCAUUGAGUUUCAAGUAUUUACAAAAUUGUUAAAGAUAAGGAUAUUUUAACAAGAUAUCAAGGAGUAGAGUCGAAAGUUUGUUAUAGAUACGAUCUCCAAGUACAAGUAAUAUUUCAGACGAUGAAUCUUAUUUUUAUUUUUAUUAAUCACUUCGAUAUUGAAAGGACAUAAGAUAAUUCAAUCAUAUCAUCGAAUCUUAAGUAUUUACAAAAAAAAAAUUCCUAACUACAGAUAAACUCAUUUUCACAAGAAUGUUUAAGAUUUAUAAUAACGUUACGAUAAUGUGAUCGAGAUUUAUGUAAAAAUGUGCAAAUAUUGGCACAAUUGUUUGAUUUAUCAGACAGAGAAGUUCGAUCCCGUGUACUUACGUGGCUCGUUUCAAUAUUUAUACACGAUAUCGGGUCAUGGCGCAUAUAAUUUUCCAUUCGACUAUUAUUCCAAGUGUCGAAGUUGCGCGAGAUAAGGGCGCAAAAGAAUUUCUUCAUACCUCGGUCGACUAUCAAUGGAACAUCUUCAUUCAAUUGUUACAAAAUUUCUUUAAUAACAAUCGAAAAUAAUAAGCAAAAUAUUCAAACUUUAUUAGAAAUUUAGAUUCGAAUGUUUCUACUGUAAGAAUAAUAAAGAAGAUAGUAUCGAUUAAAAAUCAAAAAACGUUUUAAAACGUUAGCGAAUAUAAUAAUGAUUUUAUUUAUAUCAUAUAUAGUUGAGGAAUGAGAAAGAUAUCGUUUUAAAUAUCUUGCAUAACUUUUAUUAAUACUUUCCAUCGCUCGAUUGAUCGUAUCUUCGCUGGAAGAAAUCAUCCAGUUACUGGUCGGCUAAUUAAAGCGAUCGUUUGCAUGAAAAUUCAAUUGAAAACCUGACAAUUUUCCAAUUAAACACAAUAUACCGUUUAAAUCGAAUUGAACGAACGUCUCUCCCUAACGAGGGCUUCUUUCCCGCCAUCAAAACGAACAGUUUGUUUCCAGGAAGACGCGCUGGAUACCGGCAUAGCGAGAUCGACUUCCAGAAAUUUCAUUCGUUUGCAACGUACAGAAACAAAUUUAUUUCUUUGUUUUCUCGUGGAAAAUUUGCAUAACAUUAAAAUUGAUAAGUUACAGAAUUUAUAUUUUUAAUCUCGGUGGAAUGUAAUUAAUUUUAAGAUAAAGUCAUCUUUGUUAAUUGAUAAAGUCGUCAAAUUGUUGAAACUAAUACCAGUAUUAUCUCAGAAGAAGCUAGGGAUACAAAACUAUCAAACUGUUCGGCUAAAUAUUCUAUCUAUCUUUGAGGCAACAAGAUCAAGAAACCGGAGAAAGCAACAAAACUUCUAAAACGCCGAUUGGAAAAGUUUCACGCGGGAACAUACACUUCCUGAGAAAUAUAUCGGUUUCAGGCAAUCCCAAAUCUUAUUGUAUUCGCCUCGUUUUGUUAUCGCGGGUACGUUAUCCCACGACGAUGAAGAAUGAGCAAACGAGGAGAGAAAGAAACGAUAUAGAAUCGUUUGGUAUCGAGCCAGAAAUGAAUUCUCGGAUAAACGGGCCACCGCAUUGUGUCCAGUGCAACACGAUAAUGCCAACCGUGGACGACGAUGGCGUCGCUGGGGAAUAAAGUGGAUGAGCAAGUCGCCAAGGUACCGCAGCAGAAUGGACGGAGGAACGAGGAACAACUGCAGAUGGAAGAUAUUCAUGACAAUAACAACGAGAGCAUCGAGGUCGAGAUGGUGGUGCCGCCGGAUGGUGGAUGGGGUUGGGUGAUCGUCGCAGCCUCCUUCAUGUGCAAUCUGUUCGUGGACGGUAUCAUCUUUAGCUUCGGUGUCUUUUUAAACGACAUAUCGGACGCGUUUGCGGUGUCCAAGGCGAGAGUGGCGCUAGUUGGCUCCCUGCAAUCUGGAUUUUAUCUUAUGGCUGGUCCAUUCGUGUCAGCGUUGGCCAACAGGUACGGUUUCCGGUUGGUCGCGAUCCUCGGAAGUGUGAUAAGUUGCAGUGCUUUCGUUCUCUCAUACUUCAGCACUUCCAUCGAGUUCCUUUAUAUCUCUUACGGCGUGCUCGAUGGCGAGCACUGGCCACCGGGAUCGCGGUCUGCGGAUCCGGAAUCGGCGCCUUUCUGCUCGCGCCCAUCUCAGAUGUGCUGGUCAAACGAUUCGGUUGGAGGGGUGCGUUGCUCUUCCAAGCAGGUUGGAAUAUCGUUUCAAUUCAAGAUUGAUAUAAAGCCUCUUCCUUUUAUGGUAUACCAAAGAAGCAAAAAAAAAAAAAAAAAAAAAUUUCACGUAUAUAUAAUAGAGAAGUCUUUUAAUUUAGACGUUCUCGUUGCAAAUAUUGCAGGAAUGCUAUUGAAUUGCUCCAUUUUCGGCGCCAUGUUCCGUCCACUGAAACCAACACGGAUUAAGGUAAAAUCCACCCCGGAAAACGCUGGUUUAGAAGUAAAGAAUAGCUUGAUAGGAAGGGGAGUGUCCAUGGCAUCAUUACACUGUGUCCAACCAGAAAGAAGUGGUUUCUUUGGAACAAACAACAAUACAGAUUAUCCAACUGCCGCAGAAUUACUUGGAAGUAAUCCCAACAUAGUAAACGCUUCCAAGUCUCUACAUUCUCUUCACAAGAUUCACGUGGAGCUACGAACCCUAGAGAGAAAGUUGAGCAACUCUGAGAAACGACUGUCAGUCCCGAUAUAUCCAGAGUUGGACAUGAAUAUAGAUGAAAAAAUCGUCGAGGAGGAGAAUAAUCUCCUCGGUGGAGAUGUUGAAAGACUGAAUGGCAAAGUGCCCACGAUUCGCAGGCACACGAUCAGCGGUAGACGACAGCGCGCGGACUCGGAUUGUAGCCAGAAAUCGUUGAAGAUGGGCAACAGGCGUAACCCAUUUAGCAAGGAUCCUCAGAGACCGUUCUACAGGGAUGAUAUCUUUUAUGGCGGAUCUCUAAACAGGUUGCCACAUUACAAAUCUCAGCAAUCAUCCGUUGGCUAUCACAUGUCCGUCACGCGUUUACCGACUGCAACGGAUGUCGCCGAGCAAGAAAGCGGAAGUUGCUACAUUUGUCCAGAGAGCGUACGUCGAAUUCUUACUACUAUGCUCGAUAUAAGCCUCCUGAAGAGCCCUUCUUUCUUGAUCCUGGCCAUCUCUGGUGGGCUCACGAUGAUGGGUUUCUAUACACCCUUCAUGUACGUUCCAGAUCGAGCCCAAUUGGCAGGCAUCAAGGCCUCUACUGCUAUGUUCCUCGUAUCUGUGAUUGGUAUCGGCAAUACCAUUGGUCGUGUAGUGUGCGGAUUGGCCAGCAGUUUGCCAGGAGUUAACGCUUUGGUCGUCAACAAUAUAUUCAUCAGCGCUGGUGGCCUUUUGACCAUUUUCUCCGGGCUGUCGCUCAGCCAGAGCUUUCAGUUCUUUUACGCUGCUGGGUUUGGCAUUAGUAUAUCUGUCUUCGCCUCUCUGCGAUCGAUUCUCGUGGUGGAUCUUUUGGGGUUGGAGAAACUAACCAACGCUUUUGGACUGCUUCUUCUGUUUCAAGGUGUGGCGGCCGCCAUUGGCGCGCCUCUCGCAGGUGUCUUCAUGGACGCAACCGGAAGCUACGAGUCCUCGUUCUACCUGUCCGGCAGUUUGAUCCUUCUCUCGGCUGUGAUCUGUUAUCCCUUGAAGAGGGUUAAUCUAUGGGAGACGAAGAAGAACGCCGAUAAGAUCAGCGACGACCCGUCCUAGUCCUAGAUCGACAUCCAACACCAAACAGAACGCCGUAGACUGAAGUCUAUUACGUAUUCUCGUUGUCGGUCGCCGUGUGUGUUUGUACAUACUAACGCGUAAAUAAUUUAUAACACGACUGUUCGAAUCGGUGAUUAAUUCGUGCCGAUAUUGACGUAAUCAUCGCGAACAGCAGAGGGAUUCGAUUCGCGUUUUAUCUUCGAAUUUACAUCGAUGUUCGAGAUUAAACAGGGCGCAUUCAGCGAAAUCAUCCAUCAAAAUCAUACAGCAGAUCAUGCGAAUCGAUUAAAGCCUUCAUAGAGAGAAUCAUUUCGAAUCAUCAUCAAAUCAAACCAAGCAGUCGAAUUCCUUUUCAAAAUUAAUCAUUCUCCUGUUUAAUCGUGGCGAAAUUAUCCUGUUUUGGGUCUACCAUAAAUAUUUUGGGCGAGUGCAAUAGAUUUCGUGGACCCACGAAAGGGGAGGAAUACCGUCCAGAUUUUUCAUUUGAUUCGAAGUUAGUUUUAUGGGAACGCGAAUUUGACGCAUCCUAGGUCAAGCUUUGCAUUUUCAUGAAACGAUCCUUUCAUAUUACACCACGUACUACGAUUCAUCGUCGUUUCACAUUUAUUCAUCGACUUAUCUCGCGACGAAUGGUAAUCGUGGGAGUUUUUUUAGAUCCUUCGAUGAUGAAAUAUCGUUACGCGCCGUUUUAUGCUUCCACGCAGAGAUUUUUUUUUUUUUUAUCGUGACGUUACCUAAGUUACUCCUUGGGACGAUUAAUCGUCGAUCUUAAUCGUCAAAUUUAAUUUGAAACGAGAUUUUGGAAUGUAAGAAAGAAGAUUAUGAGAUCUUCAAGUUUAUAUUUUAUCUCGAUCUAUUUUUUGCUACAGGAUUCUACAUAUACGAACUGCCGUACGUAUAAUUCUAUAACUAAUAAUUUAGUUGUGUGUUACAGAGACGAUCGUAUUUCUUUAUCCGUUAAACGGAUUUCUAGGAGUAGUUUGUAUCUCUUGAAGGCAUUAUGCGUAUAUUGUUGAUGAAUCGAUCGAUCAGUCUUCCAUUUUUGGAAUCUAUCUUGUAAAACACGUUUCAUAAGCGACGCGCAAAUGUACUUGCAUAAACGAGUACACGUAAUCUCGAUAGAUCGUGCAUCCGUGCAGUUGUUACUUCUAGCAUCGAUCAAUUAUUAAACCAACAUUUCGUGGGCCGGAAUGUUCGGCCGAUCCUUAAAUAUUAAGGACUUGCUCAAAAAUGAAAUCCGUUCCUACUGUUCCUAAUUAAUUAUACUAGUAUUGUUUCUUCCUGUUCUUUCGUUUGUUUUUUGUUUCUUUUAGAAUCGUUGGGCGUGUUGAUUCACGUGAGCGAAUCGUGACGUUUGUUAAGCGUUAAAUUGUUAAGAAAACUAUUUGUUAUUUUUUUUUUUUUAAUUUAACUCGUUAUUUUUUAAUUUAAAAAGCCGAUUGUAAAACGAUUGUAAAAAGAUAUAAAUAUUCUUAUAUAUUCGUAAAGUCGUUUGGAUAAACAAAAAAUAAACGAAGAUUUUUAUUAAAGUUCAAUACGAAAAUAUUAAAAUUAAACCAAAGUUAUAAUUGGGUUAGAUUAGACCCGACAGAAAGAUCAAAAUGAAUCUACGAGCAUGUCGUAACAGGUGGAAAAUAAUUCAAAAAAUUCAAGAGAAUUGAAACCAACGUAAUAAAAUAAAGAUGUAAUCCAGUUUUAAUACAGGAUUCUUCUCCCGGAGGGGAGAUAUCUAUUUGUUACGAUACACAUCCCACAUUUUAAUUUUAGGGAGCACGAACGAAAAAUCGAUACUGGUCAGAGUACGACAGUAAUAUCAAUAAUCUGAAAGCAAGUUUUAAAUUUCGAUAUUAGAAAAAGAAAAAAAAAAAUAUGAAAAGAGAAAAAAUCCAAGAGAUCGAAUAUUUUCCACGCAACCUCAAAUAUUAUGCAUGAUACACGAUAUCGAAAGAUUCAUCUUAAAUAACACGUUAAUUAUCAAAUAUAAAAUAUCAUAAUAAAACUAGAAUCGUGUUUUACAGAAAAGAAUUUCAAAUAGAAUAGACAAGUUCCUUUUACAUAUAUAUAUAACUUCUUAAUGGCGUGCUCUCCACGUGGUAUACGCUUCGUGCUCCUGAAUGAUGGCCAAGGAACAUUGUUACACAAAUAUGUAAAUUUAUUAAAUACUAUUAGAUUAUGAGAGAAAAAUACAGUGAAACUUG